GAGGGGGCGGGGUGAGGGGGUACGAGACAAGUCCCCAAGUUUUCUUUCCUUUUUCUUCUUUUCUUUUUCUUUUUUUUAUUUGCAUUUUUUUUCUUGCCCCCGCUCCUGGCAGAAGUGCGCUUUCCACCCACCAGACCCUGGAAAGAAAGUGUCAGGAGCCGGUGCAAACCCCGGGUCAAGUCCAAGAAGAAGACCUCGGAAGUCCAGCGGGCCGAGCAGUGUGAAGAAGUGCAACGGAUUUUCUUUUCCUUCCGAAGAAUAUAUUUUAAGGAAACCAGCCCGUCCCCGGCAAGCAGCAGCAGCAGCAGCAGCAUUUUUUUUUUUUUUUUUUUUUUGCCUCUUUCUCCUAUCGAGGUUUUCCUUCUCUUUUCCUUUUGCAAACAAAACAACAAGCAGCCUAGAAGAAAGAGCAACAUAAAGAAGCGGAGGAGGGAGAGAGGGCAAGCGAGCCAGGGGACGAGAACCAAAAGCACCGACCGGGGCCGGGGCCGAGGCGAAGGCGCGGCGGCGGCGGCGGCAGGAGCAGCGGCGGCGGCGGCUCGGACCCUCCCCGGCUCCCCUCCCCGAGCGGCUCUCCGGGCGAUGCCAGAGUAGAUGCCGGGGCAAUGUCCCGCCGCAAGCAGGGCAACCCGCAGCACUUGUCCCAGCGGGAGCUCAUCACCCCUGAGGCUGACCAUGUGGAGGCUGCCAUCCUCGAAGAAGACGAGGGUCUGGACAUAGAGGAGCCCAGCGGCCUGGGGCUGCUGGUGGGCGGCCCGGACCCCGACCUGCUCACCUGCGGACAGUGCCAGAUGAACUUCCCGCUGGGGGACAUCCUGGUGUUCAUCGAGCACAAGCGGAAGCAGUGCGGCCUGGGCGUCUGCUACGACCGGGGCCUGGACAAGGGCAGCCCGCCGCCCGCCGCGCGCCCCGAGCUCAGGAGGGUGUCCGAGCCCGUGGAGAUCGGCAUCCAGGUCACGCCCGACGAAGAUGACCACCUGCUCUCGCCCACGAAAGGCAUUUGCCCCAAGCAGGAGAACAUGGCAGGGCCGUGCAGGCCUGCCCAGCUGCCCGCGAUGGCCCCCAUAGCUGCCUCCUCCUCCCACCCUCACGCAUCCGUCAUCACCUCACCUCUGCGCGCCCUGGGCGCUCUGCCCUGCUUCCCCCUGCCGUGCUGCAGCGCGCGCCCGGGCUCGGGCGACGGGACUCAGGGCGAGGGGCACGCGGAGGCUCCCUUUGGAUGUCAGUGUCAGUUGUCAGGUAAAGACGAGCCCUCCAGCUACAUUUGCACAACAUGCAAGCAGCCCUUCACCAGCGCGUGGUUCCUGCUGCAGCACGCGCAGAACACGCACGGCUUCCGCAUCUACCUGGAGCCCGGGCCGGCCAGCAGCUCGCUCACGCCGCGCCUCACCAUCCCGCCGCCGCUGGGGCCCGAGGCCGUGGCGCAGUCGCCGCUCAUGAACUUCCUGGGCGACAGCAGCCCCUUCAGCCUGCUGCGCAUGGCGGGCCCGCUGCUGCGGGAGCACCCGGGCUUCGGCCACGAGGGCCGCCUGCCCGGCACGCCGCCGCUCUUCAGCCCGCCGCCGCCGCGCCACCCGCUGGACCCGCACCGCCUCAGCGCCGCCGAGGAGAUGGGGCUGGUGGCCCAGCACCCCAGUGCCUUCGACCGAGUCAUGCGCCUCAACCCCAUGGCCAUCGACUCGCCCGCCAUGGACUUCUCGCGGCGGCUCCGCGAGCUGGCGGGCAACAGCUCCACGCCGCCGCCGCCGCCGCCGCCGCCCGUGUCCCCGGGCCGCGGGAACCCCAUGCACCGGCUCCUGAACCCCUUCCAGCCCGGCCCCAAGUCCCCGUUCCUGAGCACGCCGCCGCUGCCGCCCAUGCCCCCCGGGGCCGGCACGCCGCCGCCGCUGCAGCCGCCGCACGCCAAGAGCAAGUCGUGCGAGUUCUGCGGCAAGACCUUCAAGUUCCAGAGCAACCUGAUCGUGCACCGGCGCAGCCACACGGGCGAGAAGCCCUACAAGUGCCAGCUGUGCGACCACGCGUGCUCGCAGGCCAGCAAGCUCAAGCGCCACAUGAAGACGCACCUGCACAAGGCGGGCUCGCUGGCCGGCGGCCGCUCCGACGACGGGCUGUCGGCCGCCAGCUCCCCGGAGCCCGGCACCAGCGAGCUGGCCGGCGGCGGCGAGGGCCUCCAGGCGGGCGGCGGCGGCGGCGGCGACUUCCGCCACCACCACGGCAGCGACCCGUCGUCGUCGCUGGGCCACGACCCCGAGGAAGAGGAGGAGGAAGAGGAGGAGGAGGAGGAGGAGGAGCUGCUGCUGGAGAACGAGAGCCGGCCCGAGUCGAGCUUCAGCAUGGACUCGGAGCUGAGCCGCAGCCACCGGGAGAACGGCGGCGGCGGCGGGCUGGUGGCCGGGGUGCCCGGCGGCCUGGGCGGCGCGGCCAAGGCGCUGGCCGACGAGAAGGCGCUGGUGCUGGGCAAGGUCAUGGAGAACGCGGGCCUGGGCGCGCUGCCGCCGCCCUACGGCGACCUGCUGGCCGACAAGCCCAAGCGCGGCGGCUUCCUGAAGCGCGCGGCGGCGGCGGGCGACCCGGGCGACGAGGACGACGACGACGCGGGCGGCUGCGGGGACGCGGGGGGCCCCGGGGGCGCGGUGAACGGGCGCGGCGUGGGCGGCGGCGGCUUCGUGCCGGGCGGCGGCGCCGAGCCCUUCCCGGGCCUGUUCCCGCGCAAGCCGCCGCCGCUGCCGCUGCCCAGCCCGGGGCUGCACGGCGCGGCGGCCAAGCGCAUCAAGGUGGAGAAGGACCUGGAGCUGCCGCCCGCCGCGCUCAUCCCCUCCGAGAACGUGUACUCGCAGUGGCUCGUGGGCUACGCGGCGUCGCGCCACUUCAUGAAGGACCCCUUCCUGGGCUUCACGGACGCGCGCCAGUCGCCCUUCGCCACGUCGUCCGAGCACUCGUCCGAGAACGGCAGCCUGCGCUUCUCCACGCCGCCCGGCGACCUGCUGGACGGCGGGCUGUCCGGGCGCAGCGGCACGGCCAGCGGCGGCAGCACGCCGCACCUGGGCGGGCCCGGGCCCGGCCGGCCGAGCUCCAAGGAGGGCCGGCGCAGCGACACGUGCGAGUACUGCGGCAAGGUGUUCAAGAACUGCAGCAACCUCACGGUGCACCGGCGCAGCCACACCGGCGAGCGGCCUUACAAGUGCGAGCUGUGCAACUACGCGUGCGCGCAGAGCAGCAAGCUCACGCGCCACAUGAAGACGCACGGGCAGAUCGGCAAGGAGGUGUACCGCUGCGACAUCUGCCAGAUGCCCUUCAGCGUCUACAGCACCCUGGAGAAACACAUGAAGAAGUGGCACGGCGAGCACCUGCUGACCAACGACGUCAAGAUCGAGCAGGCCGAGAGGAGCUAAGCGCGCGUGCGCAGGCCGGGCGGGGGGAGGGCUCCCCUCUCCCCGCCCCGCACCUUGUACAGUGGAACCAGUGGAACCGUUGCCAAGCGACAGAAUGCUGACCUGACACUUGCCUCCGUGUCACCGCCACUGAGCACCCCCGCGUGUCCCUGGGG